UUCAACAGUUUAACUACUUCCCGAACAAUCUCUGCGAGUGCGUUUUAUUUUCUGUGAUACUGAUUUCUAGUGAAAGCGAAUAAACAUGUCUUCCGUGAACGAUGUAAAAAAGUCGCCCCGUGAAGCGAAAGUGCUGCUGCGAAGUACUUCCUUCCAAAAGCUGUGUUCCAUACCGUACAGCUUCAAAAUCGAAGCAAUUCAAUCGUAUAAAGAACACAUCAAAACGGUGAUAAAGCUCCUGAAGAUUGCAACCCGAGUAUAUGUCAUUUCGGUUUAUUUCAAAUUUAUAACCACCAUCCUGCUUAACGGAUUCUUCUUUAAGCUGUGUAGCCAACUAAAGGGAAAGUACAUAACUGCACGCGAUGUUUUGGAAUCUGCAAGAUUAUCAUCUUUCAAUUCAGACUACCAACACAGAAAAGGUCAUGAUGCACAAUCGCGUAGACCAACGGUACCAAAUUUCCUUUCGCAUUACAAAACUUUUGUCCAAACAAUUCUAACGUACAUCUGCAUCAUGUACCUUGUGCUGCAAACAAUUUCUCUACUGACAACGCUUUGGUGGUCUUCAAACAUACCGUUUGGUCUCGUGUUUCUCAUGCUGGAUUUGAGCUACAUGGGAUUCAUUAUGCUCAAGAUUGCAUUGAACUGACCACAUCAGGACUUUUUGUGAGGCAUUACUAGCAAAACCCGGAGGGACACUGUCAAAUUCACACCAUUUCGUACGACAAAGCUACGGGGGUACGGUUGUCAGAUGGUUAAAUUUUCACCUACACCAACAGAAAGUAUACCGAAUCGGCCUAUCUACCCACAAUGGUAGUAAAAAUGUAAA